AUGUCUUGGGAGGUUGCAAAAUUAACAACCAGGGAACAUACUAAAUGGAAGGUUAUGGUUGAGACACUAUUCUUCACAAAGAGACUUCAACAACUUGACCAACUCACAACAAGACUUCAACAACUUGACCAACUCACAACAAUAUCUCAACAACUUGACCAACUCACAACAUGUCUUGAACAACUUGACCAACACACAACAAGAUCUCAACAACUUGGCCAACUCAUAACAAGACUUCAACAACUUAGCCAACUCACAACAGGACUUCAACAACUUGACCAACUCACAACAAUAUCUCAACAACUUGGCCAACUCAUAACAAGACUUCACCAACUUGACUCACAACAAGACUUCAACAACUUGACCAACUCACAACAAGACUUCAACAACUUGACCAACUCACAACAAUAUCUCAACAAUUUGACCAACUCACAACAAGACUUCAACAAUUUGACCAACUCACAACAAGACUUCAACAACUUGACCAACUCACAACAAGACUUCAACAACUUGACCAACUCACAACAAGACUUCAACAACUUAGCCAACUCACAACAAGACUUCAACAACUUAGCCAACUCACAACAAGACUUCAACAACUUAGCCAACUCACAACAAGACUUCAACAACUUAGCCAACUCACAACAAGACUUCAACAACUUGACCAACUCACAACAAGACUUCAACAACUUGACCAACUCACAACAAGACUUCAACAACUUGAUCAACUCACAACAAGACUUCAACAACUUGACCAACUCACAACAAGACUUCAACAACUUAGCCAACUCACAACAAGACUUCAACAACUUGACCAACUAA